CAGCCAACACCUCACCGCCCUCACCCCUCCCUCACACUCUCGGCGUUCAGCACACCUGCGCCUGCCUCUGCGCCGCCGCGCCGCACCGCACCGCAUCGCCUCACCCCGCCCACCGCCGCCAUGGACAGCAGCGCCUACACCGUCGUCGCGCCCUCCGACGACGGCGGCGAGCUGCCGGCGGCCGAGCUGCGCGCGCUGCUGCAGCGCCCCGACGACGCCGUCAAGCUCGACACGCUGCGCCGCAUCGUCGUCGCCACGCUCAACGGGCAGCCGCAGCCGACGCUGCUCAUGCCCAUCAUCCAGUACGUGCUGCCCAGCCGCUCCAAGCAGCUCAAGAAGAUGCUCCACUUUUACUGGGAGGUCUGCCCCAAGUACGACGACGAGGGCAAGCUCAAGCAGGAGAUGAUCCUCGUGUGCAACGCCAUCCGGAAUGACCUGCAACAUCCAAACGAGUACAUCCGCGGCUCGACGCUGCGCUUCCUGCAGAAGAUCCGCGAGCCGGAGCUGCUCGAGCCGCUCGUGCCCACGAUUCUCUCAUGCCUCGAGCACCGGCACUCGUUUGUGCGCAAGAACGCCGUCUUCUGCAUCUACAUGAUCUACCAGCGCCACCCCAACAUGUUCAGCGACGCGCCCGAGCUCAUGGAGACGUUCCUCGCCGCCGAGCAGGACGCCACGUGCAAGCGCAACGCCUUUGUGCUGCUCUGCCACGCCGCGCCCGACAAGGCCGUCGAGUACCUCAUGCAGCAGUGGGAGGGCAUCACGAGCAUGGACGAGCUCAUGCAGCUGGCGGUGAUUGAGCUGAUCCGCAAGGAGUGCAAGGGCGAGAAUGCGAACCGGGCAAAGUACAUCCGCGCCAUCUCCGAGCUCCUCUCUGCGCCCAGCCACGCCGUCAAGUACGAGGCGGCCAUCACCCUCACGUCGCUGACGCAGAACGCGGCGGCGAUCAAGGCGACGGCGUCGGCGCUGAUUGAGCUCGUGGUCAAGGAGUCGGACAACAACGUCAAGCUCAUUGUGCUCUCGCGGCUCGAGGCGCUGCGCUCGCGGCACGAGCACGUCAUUGACCCGCUGGCGAUGGACCUGCUGCGCGUGCUCUCGUCGCCCGACAUGGACGUGCGGCGCAAGGCGCUCGGCAUUGCCCUCGAGAUGGUCUCGUCGCGCAACAUCGAGGAGGUGGUGCAGCUGCUGAAGAAGGAGCUGCAGAAGACCGUCGAGGCGGCGGGCGCGUACGACAAGAACGCAGAGUACCGGCAGCUGCUCAUCCAGAGCAUCCACACCUGCGCCAUCAAGUUCAGCGAGGUCGCCUCGAGCGUCGUGCACGUGCUCAUGGAGUUCCUCGGCGACAGCUCGAACACGUCGGCCGUCGACGUCAUCUCGUUUGUGCGCGAGGUCGUCGAGAAGUUCCCGGACCUGCGCAGCUCCAUCGUCGAGAAGCUGCUGCAGACGUUUGCCGACAUCAAGAGCGGCAAGGUGUUCCGCGGCGCCCUGUGGAUCGUUGGCGAGUACGCCGGGUCCGUCGAGGACGUCAAGGAGGCGAUGCAGCAGAUCCGCAAGGUCGUCGGCGAGGUGCCAAUCCUCGCCGCCGAGGAGCGGUUGCUCGCCGCCUCUGAGGACCCUGAGACGCAGGCCGAAGACUCGGCCGCCGCGGUGGCCGUCGUGGCCAAGACGAACAAGACACGCGUGCUCGCCGACGGCACGUACGCCACCGAGACGGCCUUCUCGUCAGAAACAAAUGCCAGCGCGCGGCUCGAGGCGGUCAAGGCGGCGGCCAAGCCGCCGCUGCGGUCACUCAUCCUGCUCGGCGACUUCUACACGGCCACGGUGCUCUCCUCGACGCUGACCAAGCUCGUGCUGCGCUUCGCCGAGCUCAGCACAGACGCGAGCGCCAAGAACGCCAUGCGGGCCGAGGCGAUGCUCAUCAUGACGAGCGUGGUGCGCGUGGGCCAGUCGAAGUUCGCCCAGGCGCCCAUCGACGAGGACUCGACGGAGCGCAUCAUGACGUGCGUGCAGACGCUCGCCGCCGCGGCGUACGACGAGAAGAGCGACGCCGAGGCGGCCGACGUGUUCCUGCGCGACACCAAGGCGGCGUACGCCAAGAUGGUGGCGGCCGAGGAGCGCAAGGUGCAGGAGAAGGCGGCGCGCGAGAGCAAGACGGUCAAGGUGCAGCCCGACGACGUGAUUGCCUUCCGGCAACUCGGCAAGAAGGGCGCUGGCGCCGCGGGCGUCGGAAGCGGCCUCGAGGACUACGAGGCCGAGGUCAGCAAGGCGACGGGCGCGGCGGCGGGCACGGGCGACGACUUCAUCUCGAAGCUGCAGCGCGUCGUGCAGCUGACGGGCUUCUCGGACGCCGUGUACUCGGAGGCGUACGUCAACGUGCACCAGUUCGACAUUCUCCUCGACGUGCUCGUGGUGAACCAGACGGGCGAGACGCUGCAGAACCUGUCGAUUGAGUUUGCGACGCUGGGCGACCUCAAGCUCGUCGAGCGGCCGACGAGCCACACGCUGGCGCCCUACUCGUUCCAGAGCAUCAAGGCGACGAUCAAGGUCUCGUCGACGGAGACGGGCGUCAUCUUCGGCAACAUCACGUACGAGGGCGCGUCGGGCACGGGCACGCAGGAGGGCGGCGAGGCCAAGUGCGUCGUGCUCAACGACGUGCACGUCGACAUCAUGGACUACAUCAACCCCGCCACGUGCAGCGAGAGCCAGUUCCGCUCGAUGUGGACCGAGUUUGAGUGGGAGAACAAGGUCAACGUCAACACGAAGAUAGUCGGCCUGCGCGCCUACCUGGCGCACAUCAUGGCGUCGACGAACAUGGCGUGCCUGACGCCCGAGGCGUCGCUGGCGGGCGAGUGCGGCUUCCUGAGUGCCAACCUGUACGCGCGCAGCCUGUUUGGCGAGGAUGCGCUGGCGAACCUGAGCAUCGAGGAGCUGGCCGACGGCACGAUCCAGGGCCACGUGCGCAUCCGCUCCAAGACGCAGGGCAUUGCGCUCUCGCUCGGCGACAAGCUGUCGUCGGCCAACUGA